AUGUACAUGACAAUAGCAGCAGAGAAAGUACGUGCAACUGUCAACAUCACUGGAAAUAUUGAUAACCAUCCGGUUUACAGUAACAGUAACAAUAGAGCUAUUAUAAUGGAAGAUAAUACUAACGUUAAUUUUUAUGCUACGGAAACAGUAAAAAUAUUGCAAGAAGAUAUUAUAGUAAAUAACGAACGAGUGACCUCGUAUCAUGCUGAGUGUACCGAUUUAUCAGCGAUCCUCGAACAAUGGCGGAGAAAUAUUAAUUUACGGAACAAUAGCAGUACAGUAGAAAAAAAUUUCAUUCGGAUAUCAUCUAAGAACGAUUUAGAUUUAGUAAAUAUCGAAGAGACACGGUACAAAUCGAAGUCUGUUCCUAUGAAGGAUCACGAAGUCAGUUAUCCUUAUCCUUUCACAGAUUAUAUUCAUCCCCGAUUUUGCGCCGAUUUUUCACCUAUAAGUACUUAUAGAAAGCCACACCAUCGGCUUGUCAGGAAUCUGAAAUCAAUUCCGGUCAAUCAUGAAUCGAAUUUAAGAGACGAUCGUGAAAGAACAAAAAGGGCAAGAAGAUGGUUAAACUCGUUCUUUCGUGGCAAGCGGAAAAAACUGAAUCAGAGUUCUUCGAUCGACGAAUAUUUUAAGUUAGAAGAUCAAUGGAAUAAAACGCAUUUAUUGCCGAGAUUGGUAGAAGCAUCGCAGGCGCAACGAAUUAUCAAUGAAACGACAUCCGGCUCACCCACCACAAGUCAAAAUUUAAAUCUAUAUCAAAUAUUGAGAUUACAUUUGAUCCCUAAGAAAACUACAGCUUUCGUUAAGAAAAGGAGAAAAAGGAAUGUUAGGAAUAGAAAAGACAUAGGUGAGAAAACAACGGAUAUUUAUGAAAAAGAAAUCCAUGCGUACUCGGAUAUUAUGCAGCUGAUACAUACGACCAAAUCGGAUAUUGAAUCUCAGUUAACUUAUAACACUGAACACCAAAGCGAAAUAGAUAGGUUACAGACAACUUUGAGCUGGUUAGAUCAAAUAGGAACUACAACUGUGUCUAUUAUAGAUACGCAUGGUGCGUAUGAGAAAGAAAGUACUAAAGGGACUUCUAUGUGGCACGGAUAUGAUGAUUAUAUUGGAACAAUGGCAAUAACGCCGAAAGAAACAAUCAGCCUGUCCGAAUCACAAAUAACUACACGUACAACGACAUAUACGAUAGGAAACAUCCCCAUUACCAACAUGACUACGAUGCCGUCGCCAGUGUUUGAAACAACUCCUACCAAGUCUAUCAUUACUCCAACGACAAUGCCGCCAUCGGCAACCGUGGAAACUACUAUGCAUGAAAUUACUGAUAUUACAAUACCAUUACCAACGACAACCACAACCUUCCAACCAACAAUUGCGAAAAAGGCUACAGAAAAAACUAUAAUUGCGAUGACAUCGACACUUGAAACAACAACUAUCACUCACGUAACUGUUAAAAUGUCGUUACCAACGUCAGUGGAAACCACUACAAAAGAACAAAUUGUUACAACGACACUCUUACGCGACAUAACAACUACCAUUCCCCUAUAUACCACUGCCAUAACGUUGCCAACAACAAUGACUAAAACCACUGCGGAAGAAACAACUAUUACUACGACGGUAUCAACAUCUAUAUUUCCCAUCAUUACGAAGUUUACAAUGUCGGAUUACACAACUGUGGAAGCCACCGUAAAAGACACUUCUAUUACUACAAAACCAGUACCUGAAACAACAUCUAGCUUUCCUAUUACCACCAUGUCUACAAUGUUGCCACUAACAUCUGUGGAAACGAUUGUGGAAGAAUCUGCUGAUACUACUACAGCAACCAGGCCCGAAAUAACUACUAUGAUCGAUACAACUACAACUACACAGUCGCUACCAACAAGUGUGGAAACCACAGAGUCAGAAAGUACUGCGACUGCAUCGCAGGCCUCUACGGCAACAAUUAUAUCCUCAAUUACAGCCAUUACUACAAUGUCCCCUUCACCGACUGUGGAAACAACUAUUGAAGUAACUGCAGUUAUUACAAAACCUAGGAUUGAAACAACUACACUCACACUGUCGCCCCCAACAACUGCGGAAACCACCGAGACAGAGAUUACAAUGGUUAUACAACCGGCACCUGAAACGACAACUAUCUCCCCCACUACCAUCACCACCACGACGUUCCCUCCAACAACUGUAGAAACAAUUACGCAGGAAAUACCUGCUACUACGACAUCCAGAAUUGCAACAACUACAACUCCAGCUGCGGUUACAACAACAUUGUCGAGUCUGAAAGCUGCCGAAACAAUUACCGAAAGAACACCUGCUACUACAACAACCAGCACUGCAACUCCCAUUACGAUUACAACCACACAGUCGCAACCAACACCUGCGAAAACAACCGAGAGAGAGACUGCAAGGACCACACAAACGGUUCCUGAAACGACAAAUAUCACACCCAUUACUACAACCUCCACAAGAACUGAGGAAACAACAACGGAGAAAACUCCAGCCACUACAACACACAGGAGUGUAACAAUUACAACUACCGCUACGACUAUAACAGCACCGCCGCCUUCUACAACUGUGGAAACAAGAGUGGGAGGAACUACUGUUUCUAUAAUAGCCACACCUAAAACAACUACGACUGCUCUCACGACUAUAGAUACACCGAAGCAACCUACAACUCUGAAAACAACAACGGAGAAAACUGUCGUUACUACAACACCCUGGAUUGAGACAGCUACCACUCCCGUCACGACGACAGCCGAACCGUCACCUCCUACAAAGGUGGAGGAAACUACUAUUUCCGCAAUAGCCACGCCUGAAACAACUAGCACAUCUGUCACACCGUCGACGCCUACUACUGUGGAAACAACCAUAGAGGAAACUGCGGUUACUAUAACACCCUGGAAAGAGACAGCUACAACUCCCGCCACGACAACAGCCGCACCGUCGCCUCCUACAACUGUGGAAACAACUGUGGAAGAAACUACUAUUUCUACAAUAGCCAGGGCUGAAACAAAAACUACUGCCGUCACGACUACAGCCAUACCGUCGCCUUCUACAACUCUGAAAACAACAAUAGAGGAAACUGUCGUUACUACAAUACCCUGGAUAGAGACAGCUACUACUCCCGCCACGACUACAGCCACACCGUCACCACCUACAACUGCGGAGGAAACUACUAUUACUACAAUAGCCAGGCCUCAAACAAUUAGCACUUCGGUCGUGACUACAGCCACACCGUCGUCUCCUACAACUGUGGAAACAACAAUGGAGGCAACUGUCGUUACUACAACACCCUGGAUUGAGACAGCUACUACUCCCGCCACGACUUCAGCCACACCGUCACCACCUACAACUACGGAGGAAACUACUAUUUCCGCAAUAGCCACGCCUGAAACAACUAGCACAUCUGUCAAGACAACAGCCACACCGUCGUCGCCUAUUACUGUGGCAACAACCAUACUGGAAACUGUGGUUACUACAACACCCUGGAUAGGGACAACUACCACACCCCUCACGACUGCAGUCACAACAUCGCCUCCUACAACUGUGGAAUCAACUGUGGCGGAAACUACUGUCUCUACAAUAGCGACGCCUGAAACAACUACCACUGCCGUCACGACGAUAGCCACACCGUCGCAUCCUACAACUGUGGAAACAACCAUAGAUGAAACUGUGGUUACUACAACACCCUGGAUAGAGACAACUACCACACCCAUCACGACUGCAGUAACAACAUCGCCUCCUACAACUGUGGAAACAACCAUAGAGGAAACUGUGGUUACUACAACACCCGGGAUAGAGACAACAACCACGCCCACCACGACUGCAGUCACAACUUCGCCUCCUUCAACUGUGGAAUCAAUUGUGAAGGAAACUACUGUUUCUACAACAGCCAAGCCUGAAACAACUACCACUGCCGUCACGACCAUAGCCACGCCGUCGCCUCCUACAACUGUGGAAACAACCAUAGAGGAAACUGUGGUUACUACAACACCCUGGAUAGAGACAACUACCACACCCAUCACGACUGCAGUCACAACAUCGCCUCCUACAACUGUGGAAUCAACUGUGGAGAAAACUACUGUUUCUACAAUAGCCACGCUUGAAGCAACUACCACUGCCCUCACGACAAUAUCCACUCCGUCGCCACCUACAACUGUGGAAACAACCAUAGAAGAAACUGUGGUUACUACAACACCCGGGAUAGCGACAACAACCAUACCCCCCACGACUGCAGUCACAACUUCGCCUCCUACAACUGUGGAAUCAACUGUGAAGGAAACUACUGUUUCUACAACAGCCACGCCUGAAACAACUACCACUGCCGUCACGACCAUAGCCACACCGUCGCCUCCUACAACUCUGGAAACAACCAUAGAGGAAACUGUGGUUACUACAACACCCGGGAUAGAGACAAAAACCACGCCCUCCACGACUGCAGUCACAACUUCGCCUCCUUCAACUGUGGAAUCAAUUGUGAAGGAAACUACUGUUUCUACAACAGCCAAGCCUGAAACAACUACCACUGCCGUCACGACCAUAGCCACGCCGUCGCCACCUACAACUGUGGAAACAAUCAUAGAGGAAACUGUGGUUACUACAACACCCGGGAUAGAGACAACAACCACGCCCUCCACGACUGCAGUCACAACUUCGCCUCCUUCAACUGUGGAAUCAACUGUGAAGGAAACUACUGUUUCUACAACAGCCACACCUGAAACAACUACCACUGCCGUCACGACCAUAGCCACGCCGUCGCCUCCUACAACUGUGAAAACAACCAUAGAGGAAACUGUGGUUACUACAACACCCUGGAUAGAGACAACUACCACACCCAUCACGACUGCAGUCACAACAUCGCCUCCUACAACUGAAGAAUCAACUGUGGAGAAAACUACUGUUUCUACCAUAGCCACGCCUGAGACAACUACCAUUGCCGUCACGACCAUAGCCACUCCGUCGCCUCCUACAACUGUGGAAACAACCAUAGAGGAAACUGUGGUUACUACAACACCCUGGAUAGAGACAACUAUCACACCACUCACGACUGCAGUCACAACAUGGCCUCCUACAACUGUGGAAUCAACUGUGGAGGAAACUACUGUCUCUACAAUAGCGACGCCUGAAACAACUGCCACUGCCGUCACGACAAUAGCCACACCGUCGCCUCCUACAACUGUGGAAACAACCAUAGAGGAAACUGUGGUUACUACAACACCCGGGAUAGCGACAACAACCAUACCCCCUACGACUGCAGUCACAACUUCGCCUCCUACAACUGUGGAAUCAACUGUGAAGGAAACUACUGUUUCUACAACAGCCACGCCUGAAACAACUACCACUGCCGUCACGGCCAUAGCCAUACCGUCGCAUCCUACAACUGUGGAAACAACCAUAGAGGAAACUGUGGUUACUACAACACCCUGGAUAGAGACAACUACCACACCCAUCACCACUGCAGUAACAACAUCGCCUCCUACAACUGUGGAAACAACCAUAGAGGAAACUGUGGUUACUACAACACCCUGGAUAGAGACAACUACCACACCCAUCACGACUGCAGUCACAACAUCGCCUCCUACAACUGAAGAAUCAACUGUGGAGAAAACUACUGUUUCUACCAUAGCCACGCCUGAGACAACUACCAUUGCCGUCACGACCAUAGCCACUCCGUCGCCUCCUACAACUGUGGAAACAACCAUAGAGGAAACUGUGGUUACUACAACACCCUGGAUAGAGACAACUACCACACCCAUGACGACUGCAGUCACAACAUCGCCUCCUACAACUCUGGAAUCAACUGUGGAGGAAACUACUGUUUCUACAAUAGCCACGCCUGAAACAACUGCCACUGCCGUCACGACAAUAGCCACACCGUCGCCACCUACAACUGUGGAAACAACCAUAGAGGAAACUGUCGUUACUACAACACCCUGGAUAGAGACAACUACCACACCCAUUACGACUGCAGUCACAACAUCGCCUCCUACAACUGUGGAAUCAACUGUGGAGGAAACUACUGUUUCUACAAUAGCCACGCCUGAAACAACUACCACUGCCGUCACGACAAUAGCCACACCGUCGCCUCCUACAACUGUGGAAACAACCAUAGAGGAAACUGUGGUUACUACAACACCCGGGAUAGCGACAACAACCAUACCCCCCACGACUGCAGUCACAACUUCGCCUCCUACAACUGUGGAAUCAACUGUGAAGGAAACUACUGUUUCUACAACAGCCACGCCUGAAACAACUACCACUGCCGUCACGACCAUAGCCACACCGUCGCCUCCUACAACUCUGGAAACAACCAUAGAGGAAACUGUGGUUACUACAACACCCGGGAUAGAGACAACAACCACGCCCUCCACGACUGCAGUCACAACUUCGCCUCCUUCAACUGUGGAAUCAACUGUGAAGGAAACUACUGUUUCUACAACAGCCAAGCCUGAAACAACUACCACUGCCGUCACGACCAUAGCCACGCCGUCGCCUCCUACAACUGUGGAAACAACCAUAGAGGAAACUGUGGUUACUACAACACCCUGGAUAGAGACAACUACCACACCCAUCACGACUGCAGUCACAACAUCGCCUCCUACAACUGUGGAAUCAACUGUGGAGGAAACUACUGUUUCUACAAUAGCCACGCUUGAAGCAACUACCACUGCCCUCACGACAAUAUCCACUCCGUCGCCACCUACAACUGUGGAAACAACCAUAGAGGAAACUGUGGUUACUACAACACCCGGGAUAGAGACAACAACCACGCCCGCCACGACUGCAGUCACAACUUCGCCUCCUUCAACUGUGGAAUCAACUGUGAAGGAAACUACUGUUUCUACAACAGCCACACCUGAAACAACUACCACUGCCGUCACGACCAUAGCCACGCCGUCGCCUCCUACAACUGUGAAAACAACCAUAGAGGAAACUGUGGUUACUACAACACCCUGGAUAGAGACAACUACCAUACCCAUCACGACUGCAGUCACAACAUCGCCUCCUACAACUGUGGAAUCAACUGUGGAGGAAACUACUGUUUCUACAAUAGCCACGCUUGAAGCAACUACCACUGCCCACACGACAAUAGCAACAUCGUCGCCACCUACAACUGUGGAAACAACCAUAGAGGAAACUGUGGUUACUACAACACCCUGGAUAGAGACAACUACCACACCCAUCACGACUGCAGUCACAACAUCGCCUCCUACAACUGUGGAAUCAACUGUGGAGGAAACUACUGUUUCUACAAUAGCCACGCUUGAAGCAACUACCACUGCCCUCACGACAAUAUCCACUCCGUCGCCACCUACAACUGUGGAAACAACCAUAGAGGAAACUGUGGUUACUACAACACCCGGGAUAGAGACAACAACCACGCCCUCCACGACUGCAGUCACAACUUCGCCUCCUUCAACUGUGGAAUCAAGUGUGAAGAAAACUACUGUUUCUACAACAGCCACACCUGAAACAACUACCACUGCCGUCACGACCAUAGCCACGCCGUCGCCUCCUACAACUGUGAAAACAACCAUAGAGGAAACUGUGGUUACUACAACACCCUGGAUAGAGACAACUACCAUACCCAUCACGACUGCAGUCACAACAUCGCCUCCUACAACUGUGGAAUCAACUGUGGAGGAAACUACUGUUUCUACAAUAGCCACGCUUGAAGCAACUACCACUGCCCACACGACAAUAGCAACAUCGUCGCCACCUACAACUGUGGAAACAACCAUAGAGGAAACUGUGGUUACUACAACACCCUGGAUAGAGACAACUACCACACCCAUCACGACUGCAGUCACAACAUCGCCUCCUACAACUGAAGAAUCAACUGUGGAGAAAACUACUGUUUCUACCAUAGCCACGCCUGAGACAACUACCAUUGCCGUCACGACCAUAGCCACUCCGUCGCCUCCUACAACUGUGGAAACAACCAUAGAGGAAACUGUGGUUACUACAACACCCUGGAUAGAGACAACUACCACACCCAUUACGACUGCAGUCACAACAUCGCCUCCUACAACUGUGGAAUCAACUGUGGAGGAAACUACUGUUUCUACAAUAGCCACGCCUGAAACAACUACCACUGCCGUCACGACCAUAGCCACUCCGUCGCCUCCUACAACUGUGGAAACAACCAUAGAGGAAACUGUGGUUACUACAACACCCUGGAUAGAGACAACUACCACACCCAUGACGACUGCAGUCACAACAUCGCCUCCUACAACUCUGGAAUCAACUGUGGAGGAAACUACUGUUUCUACAAUAGCCACGCCUGAAACAACUACCAUUUCCGUCACGACCAUAGCCACACCGUCGCCACCUACAACUGUGGAAACAACCAUAGAGGAAACUGUCGUUACUACAACACCCUGGAUAGAGACAACUACCACACCCAUUACGACUGCAGUCACAACAUCGCCUCCUACAACUGUGGAAUCAACUGUGGAGGAAACUACUGUUUCUACAAUAGCCACGCCUGAAACAACUACCACUGCCGUCACGACAAUAGCCACACCGUCGCCUCCUACAACUGUGGAAACAACCAUAGAGGAAACUGUGUUUACUACAACACCCUGGAUAGAGACAACUACCACACCCAUUACGACUGCAGUCACAACAUCGCCUCCUACAACUGUGGAAUCAACUGUGGAGGAAACUACUGUUUCUACAAUAGCCACGCCUGAAACCACUACCAUUGCCGUCAUGACGAUAGCCACACCGUCGCCUCCUACAACUGUGGAAACAACUAUAGAGGAAACUGUGGUUACUGCAACACCCUGGAUAGAGACAACUACCACACCCAUUACGACUGCAGUCACAACAUCGCCUCCUACAACUGUGGAAUCAACUGUGGAGGAAACUACUGUUUCUACAAUAGCCACGCUUGAAGCAACUACCACUGCCCUCACGACAAUAGCAACACCGUCGACACCUACAACUGUGGAAACAGCCAUUGAGGAAAUUGUGGUUACUACAACACCCGGGAUAGCGACAACAACCACACCCCCCACGACUGCAGUCACAACUUCGCCUCCUACAACUGUGGAAUCAACUGUGAAGGAAACUACUGUUUCUACAACAGCCACGCCUGAAACAACUACCACUGCCGUCACGACCAUAACCACAACGUCGCCUCCUACAACUCUGGAAACAACCAUAGAGGAAAUUGUGGUUACUACAACACCCUGGAUAGAGACAACUACCACACCCAUGACGACUGCAGUCACAACAUCGCCUCCUACAACUCUGGAAUCAACUGUGGAGGAAACUACUGUUUCUACAAUAGCCACGCCUGAAACAACUACCAUUUCCGUCACGACCAUAGCCACACCGUCGCCACCUACAACUGUGGAAACAACCAUAGAGGAAACUGUCGUUACUACAACACCCUGGAUAGAGACAACUACCACACCCAUUACGACUGCAGUCACAACAUUGCCUCCUACAACUGUGGAAUCAACUGUGGAGGAAACUACUGUUUCUACAAUAGCCACGCCUGAAAUCACUACCAUUGCCGUCACGGCCAUAGCCACACCGUCGCCUCCUACAACUGUGGAAACAACCAUAGAGGAAACUGUGGUUACUACAACAGCCUGGAUAGAGACAACUACCAUACCCCUCACGACUGCAGUCACAACAUCGCCUCCUACAACUGUGGAAUCAGCUGUGGAGGAAACUACUGUUUCUACAAUAGCCACGUCUGAAACAACUUCCACUGCCGUCACGACAGUACCCACACCGUCGCCUCCUGCAACUGUGGAAACAACCGUAGAGGAAACUGUGGUUACUACAACACCCUGGAUAGAGACAACUACCACACCCCUCACGACUGCAGUCACAUCAUCGCCUCCUACAACUGUGGAAACAACUGUAGAAGAAACUGCUGUUACUACAACACUCGUUCCCGGAACAUCUACUACUGUAAUAGUUACUGUUUCUGCAACUGCGGAAUUUAUUAGUGGGAUCUUAAUUUCAGCGGUCCCAAUAGUAUUGACGACAAUAACUGAACGAAAAAUACCAAUAACUGCAGAGUUUUCUACUGAAAGUGUUUCAUCCGUUAUGGAAAUACCACUAACUGCGGAAACUUUGUUAGAAUUUACCACAGAGCCUUAUCCCGAGACUUCCGAGAUUUAUGUAUUUUCUUCUACCACAAUAUUUACACUUCCUUCAUUGCCGACCGCAUCAGAAGUUAUAACAUUAUUCACUACAACUGAAAUAGCUACGCCAAUGGAGACAUUUGUACUUACAACACCAUCUGAAGAGACAUUGCCAGUAACUGAACUUGUUAGUAUGUUCGAAACUUAUCAUGAAUUAGAAUAUGAAGAGGAAUAUAAAGAAGAAGAAGAAAAAGAAGGAGAGAAGGAAACUGCAAAGCCGGAAUGGUACGAGUACGAAGAGACCACGAAGUUACUAAUUAUAACAUCAUCUUCUCUGUCUUGGUAUAAAAUCACAACUGCACCAAUUACAACAAUUACAACAGCAUUUACGACAGCAAGUACAACUGAAACAACUAUGAUAACUUCAGAAUUUACCACGAUAUUAAAGGUUACAGCUACGAAAUUACCUACAACUAAAAUUACUCCUACUGAAAGUACAGUCAUUACUACGGAAAGUGUACGGCUCACUACUGAGAGCUCUAUCACCGAGAAUACUACUACUGCGGUUGAGACCACUACCAGGGUACUUUUACCAGUUACUACGAAGAGUACUGCUACAGAAAUUUUACCAAUUACAACUAAGCGUAUUGCUACAGAAAUAGUUCCAACAGCGACUGAAAGUAUCACCGCAAUUUAUGUAACCACGACAUCAAUAGAAACAACAACUAUACCUAUCACAACACUAAAAAUGAUUACAAGAUCGUCCACUACUGAAACUGAAACGACAUACCAUGCUUUAGUUGAAAUUACAACACCAAUUACUAAAAUUACAAAUAUUACAACCCCAUACAUUACUACGGAAAGUACUACAACGAAAUCUACUAUUGUAACAGUAGAGACAACGCCUGUCGUUGUAACAACUGUAAUAACCGUUCCUCCAUCAACUGUUACUACAAUUACUUUGCCCACUACUCAAGUAACAAAUAUUACCACGGAAACACAAUAUAUCACAACUGAAACUAUCACAGUUGAAAUUCCUGUAACAGCAACAACUGUACCAACCGUAACAAAGCUAAUAACGGAAACCAUCCCGUCUAUUACGAUACAAUUUACGUUUCCUACGAUUGAAGUUACCAAAAUUACUACGAAAACACCAUUCAUCUCUACUGAAACACCAUCGAUAACAAUAACAGAAAUGACUCCAAUUACUGUAACUACAAAGACAACUGAAACAACAUUUCUUGUCCAAGUUGAAAUUAUUACGCCUACAGUCCGAGUCACAAAUGUUACCAGAGAGUUCGUGCCCACUACCACAGAAACACCUGUGGUGACAACAACUGAAACGACUCCGAUUUCUAUUACUACCGAGACAACUGAAACAACAUUUGCCCUUGAAGUUGAAAUCACGUCGCCUACAAUAAAAGUCACAAAUGUCACCACAAAGGCCGUGCCCACUACCACUGAAACACCUGUGGUGACAACAACUGAAACGACUCGAAUACCUAUUACUACCGAAACAACUGAAACAACAUUUACUGCUGAAGUUGAAAUUUCCUCGCCUACAGUUGAAGUCACAAAUGUCACCACAGAAGCCCUGCCCACUACCACUGAAACACCGGUGCCGACAACAACUGAAGCGAUUCCAAUUCCUGCCACUACAGAGACAACAGAAACGACAUUUGCCCUUGAAGUUGAAAUUACCUCGCCUACAAUCCGAGUCACAAAUGUUACCACAGAAGCCCUGCCCACUACCACUGAAACAACUGUGGUGACAACAACUGAAACGACUCCGAUUUCUAUUACUACCGAGACAACGGAAACAACACUUGUUGUUGAAGUUGAAAUCACGUCGCCUACAAUCGAAGUCACAAAUGUCACCACAAAGGCCGUGUCCUCUACCACUGAAACACCUGUGGUGACAACAACUGAAACGACUCGAAUACCUAUUACUACCGAGACAACGGAAACAACACUUGUUGUUGAAGUUGAAAUCACGUCGCCUACAAUAAAAGUCACAAAUAUCACCACAGAGGCCGUGCCCACUACCACUGAAACAGCUGUGGUGACAACAACUGAAGCGAUUCCAAUUCCUGCCACUACAGAGACAACAGAAACGACAUUUGCCCUUGAAGUUGAAAUUACCUCGCCUACAAUCCGAGUCACAAAUGUUACCACAGAAGCCCUGCCCACUACCACUGAAACAACUGUGGUGACAACAACUGAAACGACUCGAAUACCUAUUACUACCGAGACAACUGAAACAACAUUUACUGCUGAAGUUGAAAUUUCCUCGCCUACAGUUGAAGUCACAAAUGUCACCACAGAAGCCCUGCCCACUACCACUGAAACACCGGUGCCGACAACAACUGAAGCGAUUCCAAUUCCUGCCACUACAGAGACAACAGAAACGACAUUUGCCCUUGAAGUUGAAAUUACCUCGCCUACAAUCCGAGUCACAAAUGUUACCACAGAAGCCCUGCCCACUACCACUGAAACAACUGUGGUGACAACAACUGAAACGACUCCGAUUUCUAUUACUACCGAGACAACGGAAACAACACUUGUUGUUGAAGUUGAAAUCACGUCGCCUACAAUCGAAGUCACAAAUGUCACCACAAAGGCCGUGUCCUCUACCACUGAAACACCUGUGGUGACGACAACUGAAACGACUCCAAUUUCUAUUACUACCGAGACAACGGAAACAACACUUGUUGUUGAAGUUGAAAUCACGUCGCCUACAAUAAAAGUCACAAAUAUCACCACAGAGGCCGUGCCCACUACCACUGAAACAGCUGUGGUGACAACAACUGAAACGACUCGAAUACCUAUUACUACCGAGACAACUGAAACAACAUUUACUGCUGAAGUUGAAAUUUCCUCGCCUACAGUUGAAGUCACAAAUGUCACCACAGAAGCCCUGCCCACUACCACUGAAACAACUGUGGUGACAACAACUGAAACGACUCCGAUUUCUAUUACUACCGAGACAACGGAAACAACACUUGUUGUUGAAGUUGAAAUCACGUCGCCUACAAUCGAAGUCACAAAUGUCACCACAAAGGCCGUGUCCUCUACCACUGAAACACCUGUGGUGACAACAACUGAAACGACUCGAAUACCUAUUACUACCGAGACAACGGAAACAACACUUGUUGUUGAAGUUGAAAUCACGUCGCCUACAAUAAAAGUCACAAAUAUCACCACAGAGGCCGUGCCCACUACCACUGAAACAGCUGUGGUGACAACAACUGAAGCGAUUCCAAUUCCUGCCACUACAGAGACAACAGAAACGACAUUUGCCCUUGAAGUUGAAAUUACCUCGCCUACAAUCCGAGUCACAAAUGUUACCACAGAAGCCCUGCCCACUACCACUGAAACAACUGUGGUGACAACAACUGAAACGACUCGAAUACCUAUUACUACCGAGACAACUGAAACAACAUUUACUGCUGAAGUUGAAAUUUCCUCGCCUACAGUUGAAGUCACAAAUGUCACCACAAAAGCCCUGCCCACUACCACUGAAACACCGGUGCCGACAACAACUGAAGCGAUUCCAAUUCCUGCCACUACAGAGACAACAGAAACGACAUUUGCCCUUGAAGUUGAAAUUACCUCGCCUACAAUCCGAGUCACAAAUGUUACCACAGAAGCCCUGCCCACUACCACUGAAACAACUGUGGUGACAACAACUGAAACGACUCCGAUUUCUAUUACUACCGAGACAACGGAAACAACACUUGUUGUUGAAGUUGAAAUCACGUCGCCUACAAUCGAAGUCACAAAUGUCACCACAAAGGCCGUGUCCUCUACCACUGAAACACCUGUGGUGACAACAACUGAAACGACUCCAAUUUCUAUUACUACCGAGACAACGGAAACAACACUUGUUGUUGAAGUUGAAAUCACGUCGCCUACAAUAAAAGUCACAAAUAUCACCACAGAGGCCGUGCCCACUACCACUGAAACAGCUGUGGUGACAACAACUGAAACGACUCGAAUACCUAUUACUACCGAGACAACUGAAACAACAUUUACUGCUGAAGUUGAAAUUUCCUCGCCUACAGUUGAAGUCACAAAUGUCACCACAGAAGCCCUGCCCACUACCACUGAAACAACUGUGGUGACAACAACUGAAACGACUCCGAUUUCUAUUACUACCGAGACAACGGAAACAACACUUGUUGUUGAAGUUGAAAUCACGUCGCCUACAAUCGAAGUCACAAAUGUCACCACAAAGGCCGUGUCCUCUACCACUGAAACACCUGUGGUGACAACAACUGAAACGACUCGAAUACCUAUUACUACCGAGACAACGGAAACAACACUUGUUGUUGAAGUUGAAAUCACGUCGCCUACAAUAAAAGUCACAAAUAUCACCACAGAGGCCGUGCCCACUACCACUGAAACAGCUGUGGUGACAACAACUGAAACGACUCGAAUACCUAUUACUAUCGAGACAACUGAAACAACAUUUACUGCUGAAGUUGAAAUUUCCUCGCCUACAGUUGAAGUCACAAAUGUCACCACAGAAGCCCUGCCCACUACCACUGAAACACCGGUGCCGACAACAACUGAAGCGAUUCCAAUUCCUGCCACUACAGAGACAACAGAAACGACAUUUGCCCUUGAAGUUGAAAUUACCUCGCCUACAAUCCGAGUCACAAAUGUUACCACAGAGUCCGUGCCCACUACCACUGAAACAACUGUGGUGACAACAACUGAAACGACUCCGAUUUCUAUUACUACCGAGACAACUGAAACAACAUUUACUGCUGAAGUUGAAAUUUCCACGCCUUCGGUCGAAAUCACAAAUGUAGCCACAGAGACCCUGCCUACUACCACUGAAACAAUUCCUAUCACCGUUACUACAGAGACAACUGAAACAACAUUUGCUGUUGAAGUUGAAAUUACGUCGCCUUCGGUCGAAAUCACAAAUGUCACCACGGAAACCUUGUCCAUUACCACUGAAACGCCGAUGCUGACUACAACUGAAACGAUUCCAAUUCCUGUCACUACAGAGACAACUGAAACAACAUUUGGCGCUGAAGUUGAAAUUACAUCGCCUACAGUCGAAGUCACAAAUGUCACCACAGAGGCCCUGCCUACUACCACUGAAACAAUUCCAAUUCCUGUCACUAUAGAGACAACUGAAACAACAUUUGCCGUUGAAGUUGAAAUUACCUCGCCUUCCGUCGAAGUCACAAAUGUCACCACAGCGACCCUGCCCACUACCACUGAAACAAUUCCAAUUCCUGUCACUACAGAGACAACUGAAACAACAUUUGCCAUUGAAGUUGAAAUUACAUCGCCUACAAUCGAAGUCACAAAUGUAACCACAGAGACCCUGCCCACUACCACUGAAACAAUUCCAAUUUCUGUCACUACAGAGACAACUGAAACAACAUUUGCCGUUGAAGUUGAAAUUACAUCGCCUUCGGUCGAAGUCACAAAUGUAACCACGAAGACCCUGCCCACUACCACUGAAACAAUUCCAAUUCCCGUUACUACAGAGACAACUGAAACAACAUUUGCCGUUGAAGUUGAAAUUACGUCACCUUCGGUCGAAAUCACAAAUGUCACCACAGCGACCCUGCCCACUACCACUGAAACAAUUCCAAUUCCUGUCACUACAGAGACAACUGAAACAACAUUUGCCAUUGAAGUUGAAAUUACAUCGCCUACAAUCGAAGUCACAAAUGUCACCACAGCGACCCUGCCCACUACCACUGAAACAAUUCCAAUUCCUGUCACUACAGAGACAACUGAAACAACAUUUGCCGUUGAAGUUGAAAUUACAUCGCCUUCGGUCGAAGUCACAAAUGUAACCACGAAGACCCUGCCCACUACCACUGAAACAAUUCCAAUUCCUGUUACUACAGAGACAACUGAAACAACAUUUGCCGUUGAAGUUGAAAUUACGUCGCCUUCGGUCGAAGUCACAAAUGUAACCACGGAAACCUUGCCCAUUACCACUGAAACGCCGAUGCUGACUACAACUGAAACGAUUCCAAUUCCUGUCACUACAGAGACAACUAUUACAGUAAUAUAUCCUGUUACAACCGAGGCACCCACACUUGUGAAAGUAACAGAGGCCUUAUCACCGAUAACGGGUCAUUGGGAAGUUAAUAUUACUAGCCCUUAUGUAAAUGAAACAAUUGAAAUUUUGACCACUGAGUUGACUGUAGAAACAGCUAAAACGACUGAAUUUACUAUAACAUCAAUCGUGUCCCCUAUCGUUACUACGACCGAAGCAGAAGUAUAUGAAAUAUAUGAGGAAACAGUUCCUAAAGAAGAAUACGAAGAAAAGGAUGAAGAGGCGGAGGAGGAGGAAGAAGAAGAGACAUUCAGUCCACCUUGGUACGACUAUGUAGAAGAGAAUAUAACGACGACGACGCCAAAAAUUGAAACACCUACGAAAGAAAUUAUACGAAUAGAAGUUACAAUUAUCAAAGAAGAACUAAAUAUUACAACUCCCUUUGUGACUAUUCCUGAAAUUGUAUCUACUACUUUAACUCUAUUAUUUACUGAGGAAACAACAUUGAAAAGUCCAGCUAUUGAAACAACGACAGAGGAAUCCAUUGGGAUAGAAAUAACUAAAAAGUCUAAUAUCACUACUUUGAAGUAUACGCUGCCUCCAACUUUGAAAUUCACUACGGAAUAUUUGCCAAUCGAUUAUUUGGAAGAAAAUAUUACGAGACCGGCGAAAGUUACAACACUCAUACCCAUAACUUCUACAAAGGUAUCGAAUAUUACUAAAGAAAAAGUUAGCAAGCUACCUAUUUCUCCUGCAUCAACAACACCUAUGGUGACACGUACGACGAAUCAAGAACAAAAGAAACAACGCCAAGAGGAAAAGAAAGAAGAGUUGAUAGAAGAACUGAAACAAUUAGAACAAACUGCGGAAAUAAUUAUAGAUAGAGAGAAAAAGCUGGAUACAGAAGAGAAAGAAUGGGAAAUGAAUAAGGCAAGACGAAUGCACGAAAUCUUCCAAAAGCAAAAAGAAAUGAAAAGCGCUUAUGAAACCAAGUCUUCUUCAACAACAGGAACUGAACGUGUCAAUGGAGAACCGCCAGUUUUACCCGAAGCAACACCUCCGGUUAAUGCUACGGCCCUCCAAACUGAUGUUGUUCCAAUGAAACCAGAAAUGACAAUACAUCCUGCAAUGACGACAGAAGAUGAACUCGAGGCAGAAGUUGAAGACCUGAAGAAGAAAUAUUCCGAAAAAGAGAAAUGGCUGGAGGUACGAGAGAAGAAAUUAUUAGAAAGAGAAAAGAAGCUUCAGAAGGAGAAAGAAGAAUUCGAGAAGAAAAUAAAGGAAAUGGAGGAGAAAUUAGCGAGGGGGGAAGAAAUUUCAUUCACCACGGAACCCUAUUAUGAAGAACCAAUGCGUACGACGCCAUCUUUCUCGCAGGUACCACCUACAGAGAAAACGACAAUUGAAAUUCGAGAAACAACAGUAGCGGAACCUAUAAAAGAGACUAGUGUGAGAAAAAUCAUCACACAGUCUCAGGAAGAAGAAGAGGAAGAAGAAGAACACGAAGAACGGGUGAAAGUAAAAGACACGACGAAGAUGUGUUUGAAUGUUUUAAAGUCAAAACCUUUGGAAGAACAAGCUGAAGGUUUAGUGACGGGAAAACUUUGCUUACCGUUCAGUCCAGAUAAAGAGCAGAGAACAAAGAUCAGUGGACUGCACCUUAAAGAACACGAAUGGACUGAAAGUGCAUUUACGAAGGGUCAUGAAGAAUCGCAGACAGAAUUGGAGAAGCAGGAGAAUCGAUUUAAACGAAACAUUCCUCAGAGAGAGAAUGUUUGUCCUGAAUUCCUGAUUAAUCAAUUUACUAAUGAAAAUGAAGAUAUAAAGACGCAGAUAGAGCAGCCAUUUUCCAAAUAUGGAAAUCGUAGCUUUCGGCUUACGAAUAUUUUCAUGAUCACCGAAGCGUCAAAGACUACUGAGAAGAGUUAUUGGAAAAUUAGUAGUAACAGAUAUAAGGUUAGAUCUAUGUUGCAAAUUAUUGAAGUUGAAGAUAAAGAGAAUGAGGAAGACGAUGAAAUAAUUGUGAAAAGAGAUGAAACAGGUGUUGAAAGUUGUUAUUACGAGGAUCAAGUCGAAAGAAAUCCGAGACAAGACGAAAGCACUUCCCCAGGUACAACGGAAAGUACAGAUGAUGAAAUCGAGGAGGAGACUGUAAAAUCCGAGAUUGAAUCGAGCGAAGAUAAUUCGUUCAAGAAUGAUGCAGAUAGAAAAACAGAAUCUGUUCCGGAGAAGGAAACGUAUAGUAAGGAAGAUGAAGUGGAGGAAGUAACUGAAAGCCAACGUAUUAAGGAAAAACCAAGUGAAAGAAAGUACAAAGAUAAAGAUAAAGAAAAAGACGGUAAAGGUAAAGAAAAAUCGAGACAGACACCUGGUCCGGAAUGGCCAACGGAAGCUUUAACCGCUUAUCACGUAGGUGGUACUAAAAUCUGGAUGUUAGAGUAUCCAGAACGCGAGUUUUCGGAAUUGAAGGAAGGCGAGCAAGAUGUGGAAAACGUCGGAGAACGACCACUCGAGGCAACGACUUGCUACUAUGUUAUUCUUGAGAACGAGGAGGGCAGUAUCGAAAAUCCCGAGAAAGAUUACGAUAAAGAAAAUAGCUUUGAAUCAUCCUUGAAAGAGUAUAUUCCAAAUGCAAACGACCAAUAUCCCAGGUACAGAUAAAUCCUGACGCAAAAAAUCAGCAAGAAAGAUACAUAAAUUUCACGAUAAAAAAAUCUGCUGUUAGGGAAGAAGUGAAGAAUUACCAUUUUUUUAACUACAAUUCUCGAUAAAAUACAUACA